AAAUAAAUAAAUAAAUAAAGUAACGAAUUGGGAGCGUGUAGAGACAGAAAGAUAGAGUGAAUCAUAAAAAGAGAAAGCUUAAACUUUCUGUCUUUCCAUUCCUACCUUUUCUUACCCUUUCUAUUGUACUUAAACGAUUUCCAUUGUGCUCUCGUCAAAAUCUCUAUGAGGACAUUUUCAGGAUCAGAACAAGAAAGAGAGAUAUCCUUUUCUUUGUUCUUACCCUAGAUUUAAUAAUCAGUUACCAAUGUUUCUAAAAACCUCCAUUUCCACAACCAAAAAGCUCUUCCAGAAAACCUUAGACAGUGUCAAGUAUUUAUUCUCCAGUGGAUAUCAAAAGAUUCCCAAAAGCCCUCCAUGCAGCCCCCUAUUUCCUUGUGCUGGCGGAGCGGUUACUAAUGUCAGCCAAAGCUACACAGAGCUGGACAAAUUUUACACAGGCUUCAGCACCCAUUUGGACAAACACAAGAAGAAAAACAAGAAGAAAAUAACGUCUCCACUAGCAACGGAAGACCAAAAGCUAGUUAGGUUCACAAAAGUGUGCCCAAAAAAGGCCGGUGAUUAUCAUGUUUUGGAAAAACAUUAUCAAGUUGUUGGCUCAAAGGAUGAUCUAAAGAGGAAGGAGAUUAUCAUGCAUGAAAGAAAGAAGAAAUACCAAGACUUAAGAGAGGAAAGGAGUUAUUUGGUGGCUCAAAAACUAAAGGAAUUGAAAAUGUUAGAGAAGAGUACUGAAGAACACGCUUUGGAUAUUGAACAAGUUCUUUAUUACUACUCACGUCUCACAUGUCCGGCUUAUAUUGAAAUUGUUGACAAGUUUUUCAUGGAAAUGUACUCUGAGCUUUUCAACCAGCAAGCCUCUUCUUUUGGGUACAUUAAUAAUCCAAAUAGAGUUAACUUGUAUUAGUUGGUAACUUCUUCUGUUUCUUCUUUUGUUGAUUCUCUAUUGAUCAUCUUGUCUGGAAAAUAACACGAAUACUUAGCUUGUCAAUGAUUGAUCACUUGUCUAUCUUCUUCCUUGUUCUAGCAUUUUUCUCAUAAAAUAAAUAGUAGUAUAUAUUUAAAAGAAAAGAAAAGAAGUAUUUGUCA